AUGCUGCACGCCGUGCGGCUAGGCCUCUACACCAUUGGGGCUGGCACGGCGCUGUGGCUCGGGUAUCGGUCGGUUCAGGUGUUGAACCCGCCGCAACCUGCGGGGCCGCCGUCGUUGCGUCCCAGCGCCCGACCUCGGCUGGUCGUGUGCGGGACCGGCUGGGCGAGCCACGCGUUGCUGCGCUCGCUAGAUCCGCGCCUCUGCGAUGUCGUAUUGAUUUCGGACCGGAACCACUUUGUGUACACGCCGCUGCUACCCUCGGCGAGUGUUGGAUCGGUCGAGCUGCGCUCUAUCGUUGUCCCGGCCCGGGAGUUGCUGGCACGUCUCCAGCGGCGGUGGUGGCACUGGCCGCAACUGCUCACGGAAAGCGGCCAAGCUGUGCCCGCAACCGAGUGGUCCUUCAUCAAUGCACGCGUCGAGGAUGUGGACCCUCUCACCAAACAGGUCCACUGCAGUGCGGUGCACGGCGGGGCGCGCUUUUCCGUCCCGUACGACGUUGCAGUGCUAGCUGUGGGGUCCGGCACCAAUGACGGUGGGUUUCCCGCCGUACGCAGCUGUUGUCACGCACUUCGCAGCGCGGAGGAUGCUCGUGCCAUACGAAGCGCAUUGAAUGACGCACUCGAAGGAGCCGCCGAACCGUCCACGAGCGCCGAAGAGCGGCACCGCCUCCUUCAGUUCGUUGUUGUAGGAGCUGGUCCAUCGGGUUGUGAAAUCGCAGCCGAGUUGCACGAUUUUCUCCACGAGGACGCUCGUAGGCUCUUCCCUCGCUCGCUCCUCGAUGAUGUUUGCGUAACGAUCGUGCAGUCCGGUGCUACGGUUCUGAACGGCUUCGAGAAGCGAAUCGCAGAAUACGCCACUGAAAAGUUUCGACGCGAUGGGAUUCAGCUCCUGCUGAAUCAUCGAGUAGUUGAGGUUACCUCGGAUGCGCUCACGGUGAUGGACAAGUUUUCCCAGGAAGCACAGACGCUCGCGUUCGGGGUCUGUAUCUGGACGGCGGGUCUCGCGAUGCAUCCGCUCAUUCGACGUGUAGCGGAACGUCUCGGAGCGCAGGCUCAGUCGAAUCGCUAUGCGCUGGUCGUGAACCACCACCUCGGAGUGGUUGGCGAUCCGCAUCGAGCACUCUACGCUGCCGGAGAUUGUAGUACCCUGCAGAGCGCUGCGACGCAGAGCCACCUGGACAAGCUCUUUCAAUUGGCUGACAUUGAUGGCGACGGGAGGAUUCAUGUCUACGAGUUUUUACGUUUUAUUCGCAUCGUUCGUGAUGAGUAUCCACAGCUUGCAGAAUUUGUUUCGAUGAUUGAGCCGGAUUUCCACGAAGGGCAGUCCUCAAUUAAUCGGGAACAGUUCCAGAAGUGGCUUGUCAAGGUCGACGAACACAGCACCGCACUGCCACCGACCGCGCAAGUUGCCUUCCAACAGGGUCGCUACCUCGGUCGACUCUUGAAUGAGCGAUUUCGGUGUUGGCCGGCAGGUUUUGAUGAAUUAGAAGCGGGCCUGUAUCCACCUUUUGAGUGGAGAAACCUAGGAGCUGCCGCCUAUCUUGGGAAUAGUGUCUCGGUCUUGCAAUUUCCCUUUAUGGACCCGCUGUAUGGCAAUGUUGCGUUCUGGCUUUGGUAUGGCUACUCGCUAUUGCAUUUGUUUAGCUGGCGAUCGCGGUUCCUAGUGAUGAUAGACUUUGUGAAAACUCGAGUGCUCGGAAGAGAUAUCUCCAAAUUCUAG